AUGUCUAUUCAGACUUACUCACAUUCCACCACCCCCUUGAACACUUCUAACCCAGUGCUACGAUUACGAACGCUGCGAAAAAUUCACACCGCCGCGUCGCGACCAAUUCUAACUCCCCCACGCCACUCGCCCCGGGGAGUCGCCACAGACACGUACUCGGAUCCCUUGGACUUCUCCAACUACUCCAUGCUGGACUCGAUGGGAAACCACUCCGGCAAGCCCAAGUACGACCAUCUGCAUGCGCCUAAAGAGCUGGACCGUCUCGGCGUGCUCAAGAAAUCCAACCUCAAGGCGUUUCAGAACGACCUGCCCAAACCCAUGCGUCUCGGCACCAGAGACCGACAGUCGGGCUCUCUGUUCUCGCGAGCUGUGGACAGCGAGCUCCCCGGCUCGUCGGACUCGUGGUCGUCUCCCCACGACGAAAUCUACUUCACGCCCUCGCAGUUCAAGAUUGACCACAACCUGUGGGGUCUGAUUGACGCAGCCAUCAAGGCCGGCCAGAUUUCGCGGGCCGAGUCGUUUGUGGCCAACCUGGCCCAUGCCAAGAUCUGGCGGCCCGACCGAAUCCGACUCUGUGCCCGAGAGCUGGCCCAGGCAUACAUCAAGGCCAACUCGGUGGACAAGUCGACCAAGUGGCUCAUGACGAUGGAGGACAACCUGGGCGUGCGACCCGAUGCCCAGAUGUACGCGCAUCUGCUGGCAAAGAUUGUGGACGAGGAGUCUGAGGAGCAGAUUGCGGAGCUGCUGUUCAAAAAGCUGUACCACAAGCUGAGCGCAUCGCUGGUGGUGGAGGAGAUCCAGAUUGUUGGUCUGGAGCGGCUGCCCAAGGUGCUGAAUGUGCUCAAACAGCACAAUUACAACUUUGCCGAGUUUGGAGAGGCGUACAUGGAGCUUUUCGAGGAGCUCACCGGGGAGGCAUUGAAGGAAGAAGCCGCCCCGGAGGUGAAGAAGACGCGGGAGGAAAUCUCCGCCGAGCUCAAGAGUAACCUGCGAGGCUCGGAGAAGAUUGAAACACAUACGAAGGAAGGAGAAGAGGUGGUGGGCAUUGAGAUUGUCAAAAACCUGCUUUUACAGGUGGAUGGAGACGUGCGAGUCGACCAGUUUAUCCAAAACUUGCCCUACUACGACGAGAUCCCCAAGGACCUGCUGGACCCGUCGAAGAAGAUUUCAUUGUUCAACAUCAAGAACUCGUUGAGUACGGAAAACCGGGCUGAUUUUGAACAGCGACUCGAACAACUCAACCAGGCCAGACAGCUGGACAUUGAGAUGCGAGGAAUCGAGGCUGCUGGAGAGCUCUGGGCAGCCAAAGCCAGCCAGUCUCAGCAGUUUACAGGAAUGUCCAAGUUCCAGGAACAAAUGCACAGCUGGCAGGAGCAGAUGAUUCCUCUUGUGCAGGAGGAAAUCAAAAAGGCCGGCGAGACCGAGAUCAACACCGACCUGUACCCUUACCUGAAGCUCAUGUCGCCCAAGACUAUGUCCAUUGUCACCAUUAUUGAGAUGAUGCGUCUCCAGACCACCGUCGGGCGAUCGGUCGAGAGCGGAGUCAAGACCACCAACCUGGUCACCUCUGUCGGCCAGGCUCUGGAGAUUGAGUACCGAUGUUCUCAGUGGUCCGAGAAACUCGGCAAGAAGAGAACCUUUCUGAAGAAGCUCACAGGUCUCAAGCGACGUCUCAAGGUGAUGGAAAUGAUCCAUGCCGAGGAUCUGGAGGAUACCGUGCCUGCGUGGGCCAUCGACGUGCGUGCCAAGGUUGGAGCUCUACUUGUGGACAUUCUCAUCAAGGUUGCUCGAAUGCCUGUCACAGCCAAGGAUCCUGUCACCGGCGCCUCUGUGACCGCAGACGUGCCCGUCUUUUGUCACUCGUACCAGCUUGUCAAGCGACAGCGACUCGGCAUGGUGCGUAUGCAUGACCUGAUGAUCCAAAAGGUGAUCAGCACGGACAUUGGUGCCGAGUCCUCGGAGGCGUUUGUGACGCCGCAGUUUCUGCCGAUGCUGGCCGAGCCCAAGCCGUGGGUGGCCUGGAAGACUGGCGGUUACUACGUCUCGCAGGCGUCUGUCAUGCGAGCACGAGAGUCCUCCGAGCAGACGGCCUACCUGGACACUGCCUCUGAGCGAGGUGACCUGGACCGUCUCUUUGCCGGUCUCAACAAGCUCGGCUCCACCGCCUGGACCGUCAACUCCAAGGUGUUUGAUAUCAUGAGCAAGGUGUGGAACACUGGAGAGGCCUAUCUUGACAUUCCCGCCGUCAACACGGACAACUCGCUCCCGGAGUGUCCCGAACACAACGACCCCGUGGCUCGAAGCGAAUGGCGAAAGAUGUGCACCGUUAUCCUCAACAAGCGUAAGUCGGACCACUCUGUGCGAUGUGACUCCAACUACAAGCUGGAGAUUGCCCGAGCCCAUCUCGGUGAAAAGUUGCAUUUCCCUCACAACGUGGACUUCCGAGGCAGAGCAUACCCGCUCUCUCCUCACUUUAACCACCUGGGCUCCGAUCUGUCGCGUGGUCUGCUGCAGUUCUGGCAUGGCAAGGAGCUCGGAGAAGAGGGACUCAGGUGGCUCAAGAUCCACAUGGCCAACUUGCACGGAGCAGGCAAGGCCAACUUUGAUGACCGAGUCAAGUUCACCGAAGACAACAUGGCCAAGAUCCGAGCGGCCGUCGAGAACCCCCUCGCGGAGGAAAACAGCAUCUGGCGAGAGGCCGAUUACCCAUGGCAGUUUCUGGCCGCAUCCUACGAGCUUGUUGCGGCAUACGACCUGCCAGACCCCUCCAAGUUUGUCUCGCACAUUCCUGUGCAGCAAGACGGCUCUUGCAACGGACUACAGCAUUACGCAGCCCUAGGAGGAGAUAUUGACGGAGCUCGACAAGUCAACCUGACGCCGUUUGACAAGCCCCAGGACGUGUACGCCGAAGUGGCUUCCAUUGUGUCGGAGCUGGUCAAGGAAGACGCCGAGAAUGGCAACCCCUUGGCGGACUUCCUUGUUGGGAAAAUCAACCGAAAGAUUGUCAAGCCCACCGUCAUGACAAACGUCUACGGAGUAACUUUUAUCGGUGCCAAGGCUCAGAUCCAGACCCAGCUCAAGGAACAGUACGGCGAUGUGGCUCAGAUUGAUGAAAUGGCCCAUUACCUGGCCCAGCGGGUCUUUUCGGCCAUGCGUUCGCUCUUCACAAACGCCCAUGACAUUCAGGAUUGGCUCACCGAGUGUGCCAGAAACAUCACCAAGACUGUGCGACCGUCAGCGAACUUGCAGGAGAUCCAUUCGGGCGAGUCGCUCUCGUCCGUCAUCUGGACAUCUCCCAUUGGUCUGCCUGUGGUUCAGCCCUACAGAAAGGCCGCUAAGCGUCAGUUUGACACUGCGCUCCAGUCUGUGUUUCUGCAGGACGCCUUUACUCUCUAUGGUGUUCAAUCUCGAAAGCAGGCCCAGGCCUUCCCCCCCAACUUUGUGCAUUCUCUGGACGCCUCGCACAUGCUGCUGACUGCUCUGAACCUCGACAAAGAUGUGUCGUUUGCCUCGGUGCACGACUCAUACUGGACGCACGCAGCUGACGUCCCUCAUAUGAACAAGGUGCUGCGAGAGCAGUUUGUGAAGCUGCAUUCGAUGGACAUUGUUGGCAACCUGCAAAAGGAGCUGCAGAUGCGGUACGGCUCGUUCUACUCGCGGGUCGAUCUUAUCACUGACGGCACAGAGCUCGGCAAGCAGCUCGCCGACAGGGACUCCAAGAAGAACCACAUUUUCGACCAGCUGCAGGAGGAUCUCAAGUUCCGAAAGCUCAGCAAUGGAACCCCCGCCGAACGAAAGCAGGCACUGGAAAACCCCUCAACUGUCGAGAUUCUGGAGAAACAUCGGCCUCUUGACAAGUAUCUGGCCAUCCAGACGGUGACCGAGCGAGUGGGCGGAAAGAUGAUCACCAAGCAGGUAGAGACCGAUAAUGGUGACCAGAAGAAGCGGUUUUUGACCAAGUUUCAAAUCGACAACCCCCCAAAAAAGGGAGACCUGGACCUUAAGCAGGUGUUGGUUUCUCCCUACUUUUUCUCUUAG